AUGCGACUAGCCAGAGUUUCUCGGGUCAUCCGCGCCCCUUGCGCCCCUUGGUCCGGGAUCUCAUGCCGCCAGGCUAUUCUGGCGAACAAUGUGAGAUUAAACAGCUCCACUGCAAGUGGAAAGACCAAAGAGGAGAGCGGUUCGUCUUCAAAUACCUCCUCCAAUGCUCCCCCAUCACCCUUUUGGACCCCUACCAAAGCUCUCCUCAUCUCCGCGUUUGCUGCGGGGUUAGGCUACGGCUAUGCUUCGUACAACACCACACCGGCAAAGCCAUCCACGCCCCAAUAUGGUUCGACGAAGGACUUUGAUCGAGCCAUUGCCGAUCUUAGAGCCCUCCUUGGCGAAGACUCCGUCAGCACCGAAGAAGACGAGCUCGAGCACCACGGCUACUCGGAGUGGUCAAGCCUGAACGCAGAAAGACUCCCGACAGCAAUUGCCUACCCCAAGACGACAGAAGAUGUCUCUGAGAUCGCCAAGAUCUGCACAAAAUACCGCAUGCCCAUGAUCCCAUACUCGGGCGGUUCAAGUCUGGAAGCCAACUUCUCCGCUCCACACGGUGGUCUGACUAUAGACUUUGCGUUCAUGAACAAAAUCCUAGACAUCCACCCAGACGAUAUGGAUAUCGUGGUUCAGCCGUCCAUUCAAUGGAUGAGCCUCAACGAGCAAAUCAAAGAUACAGGCCUUUUCUUCCCCGUUGACCCUGGUCCGUCCGCCAUGAUUGGCGGUAUGGUUGGAACGAACUGCAGCGGGACAAACGCUGUUCGCUACGGUACCAUGAAAGACUGGGUGAUCAACCUGACUGUUGUCCUUGCCGACGGAAGGAUUAUCAAAACGCGGAGGCGUCCGCGCAAGACUUCCGCCGGUUACAACAUGACUGGAUUGUUUGUUGGAUCUGAGGGCACAUUGGGCAUUGUUACCGAGGCUACGUUGAAGCUGGCGCCGUUGCCAGAACAGACUCGCGUUGGAGUUGUUGCAUUCCCGACCAUUCGAGAUGCCGCUUCUACUGCCAUGAAGCUGAUCAAGAAGGGUGUCCCCGUGCAGUGUAUGGAAAUCAUGGAUGAUGUUCAAAUGGAUGUCAUCAACCGGGCUGGAGGCACUGGUCGCUCUUGGAAGGUCUCACCGACACUCUUCUUCAAGUUUUCUGGAACUGUUGCUGGUGUCGCGGAUAGUAUCAAUUUGACAACACAGAUUGCGCAGUCAAAUAAGGCCGAAUCGUUCGAAUUCGCUCGUACCGAGCAGGAGGCUCAUAGCUUGUGGUCUGCGCGAAAGCAAUCGCUUUGGAGCAUGAUGGCAUUGCGGAAGGAGGGGUCAGAGGUCUGGUCGACGGAUGUGUCUGUGCCAAUCUCAAGAUUGCCUGAUAUUAUCGGUAAGAAUGCUAUCUCCUGGCUUCACUGUGCAAUCUAA